AUGGGAAAAAUAAAGGCCUUUAUAUAUGGACGUUUUGAUUCAGGCAAGAUUUUACACAUUGCAUCUAACGAAAGAUCUUAAGAAAAGAGCAUUAUUGAAUAGAGCGAGUAUGUAAUUAAAAAGCUAAAGGAAAUAAGGCUUGUUGCAAAUGAGAGAUAAAAAAUUACUUUAGAAAAUACAGGAGGUCAAUACCAAUGGUUUUGCAUGUGCGACAGUUAAGAUAUUAUUUAUUUGACUAUUUGCACUCUCGAUUACCCUGAGAGAUAUGCUUACGAAAUGAUCUAGGAGUUGAAAAAGCACUUUUUAAAGAUAAGCGAUAAUUAUGGUGAAGAGGUAGAUACAGUUUUAAAAAUGCAUGGCAAGAACACUGCUGAAAAUCUUUUAAUUCAUUACAAUUCAGACGGAGUUGAUAAGUUGAAAUAAAUCUAGGGUAAAAUAGAUGCUACUUAGUCAGCCAUGAAAGAAAAUAUUAACAUAGCUAUUAACAAUAUGGAUCACGCUGACACCGCAUUAUAAAAAAGUGAAAAAAUGUAGCUCUAAUCAAAACAGCUUUAAAGUUAAGCAAAAGACUUGGAAUCAAUUAUGAAAUGGCGUAAUUAUAAGCUCAAUAUUAUUUUCUUCUUAAUCGUGGUAGGCAUUGCUCUCUACAUUAUCAUAGCAAUUGUUAAAUGA